AUGGCGGGGUUGCCGAUGUUCGACAACGCAGCUCUAACUGCGCUAGUCGACCGUUGGAGACCGAAGACACACACCUUCCACCUCCCUUGCGGCGAGCUCACGGUCACGCUGCAGGAUGUGGUCAUGAUUCUCGGGCUUCUAGUGGACGGACAGCCUGUGUGCGGGAAUGUGCAGUCUGCUGGAUGGAGAGACAUGGUGGAGCAGUUUGUUGGUAGGCCACCUGAGCCAGCGCAGGACGCGAAGGACAAGAAACCUUCUGGCGUCAACUCUGCCAGGUUGGCUCAGAACUUCACGGAGUUCCCUGGAGAUGCAGCGGAGCAGGUCAUCGAGAGCUACGCUCGCGCGUGGUUGUGGCAUCUUGUGGGCGGGUACUUGUUUCCAGACGGGAGUGGUAACACAGUCUCAUGGAUGUACUUGCCGAUACUUGGCGAGCAAUGGGAGAACGUCGGACUAUACAGUUGGGGAUCGGCCACGCUCGCAUGGCUGUACCGACAGCUAUGUGAUGCAUGCAGGCGUAGUGGGGACCAUGCCAACCUUGGGGGAUGUGCGUACCUGCUUCAGGUGUGGAUGUGGGAGCGGCUGCCGUUCGAGGAUGAGGGCUCGCUGCUGACCGUUGCUUUUCUUUGCAGGAACGUCCGGGCCGUGACUGGAAAUGCAGGCAGGCGGUACCUCUUCUACACCAAUGAGCUCAACUGCAUCAUGCAAAGCCACGUGACGUGGGAGCCAUAUGAUUGGCAUGAGAUCGUUGCCAUGGGUCUUAGCACAUUGUGCACACAGGACAGUGAGUAUUGGCAGUCCGUUCUGCCACUUAUUUGCUUCUAUAUUGUUGAAAUGCACUGUCCAAACCGUAUGAUGAGGCAGUUUGGGAAGUUACAGGGUACGCCUCCAGACACGAUCCCCACGUUCGUGGCUUUGCACAAGAUUGACAAGAGGAAGCAAAGGGGUGCUAGAGAUUGGCGGGACGUCCACCACAGCUACUUGGUGCAGUGGACCAACCGGGCCCAAACUAUCAUGCACGGUGGUGCUGCACACCGCUCAGGUCCCUACCGUGAGUACUUGAGGUGGCUGCACAACAAUUCCAGGUUGACAAUCAAGCCACCUCGAAUUGCAGUUGGAGCAGAAGAUUUGCUGGACUCCGAUGACGAGGACGACCUGGGCCAGCAGCUCGGAUGCCUUGCAAAUGAGGCUGGACAAGCGUUGCUUGUCCCUCCAGGUUCUGCAGAGGAGGUCGGCCAUCUUCGCGCUUUCGUGGAGAGGGUUCGUAGGAGCUGUCGCCGCCUUGCGUACAAGAUGAGCUGCAUGACAACGCCGGAUGUGGAGCUAGCACAAGGUGAUCCUUCUUCCCAGCCAUCUGCCGGCCACACGGCUGCUUUGACCCAGCAGACGCCGGUGCACUACGGUACCUAG